AACUUUCGCAGGAGGCUCAGCCAUUGGCUGACAUAGUCACGUGCCCCUCCCCCUGCGCCCUCCGCCCUCGCGCCCCCCCUCUUGCGCACUGUACAUUCAUAUCAUUUUUCUUCUCUGGCCCCAUGGAGGAAGUGAGAAAGUUGGCACGGUCACCCAGGGCUUCGCAGGACCCGGUCCCUCAGUGACAGAUGGACAAUGCAAGAAUGAGCUCCUUCCUGGAAUACCCCAUCCUCAGCGGUGGCGACUCGGGGACCUGCUCAGCGCGAGCCUACCCUUCCGACCAUGGAAUUACAACUUUCCAGUCGUGCGCGGUCAGUGCUAACAGCUGUGGCGGCGACGACCGCUUCCUAGUGGGCAGGGGGGUGCAGAUCAGCCCGCCCCACCACCACCACCACCACCACCACCACCAUCACCCCCAACCGGCCACCUACCAGACUCCCGGGAACCUGGGGGUGUCCUACUCCCAUUCGAGUUGUGGUCCAAGCUAUGGCGCGCAGAACUUCGGCGCGCCUUACAGCCCCUACGCAUUAAAUCAGGAAGCAGAAGUAAGUGGUGGGUACCCCUCGUGCGCUCCCGCUGUUUACUCUGGAAAUCUCUCAUCUCCCAUGGUCCAGCAUCACCACCACCACCAGGGUUAUGCCGGGGGCGCGGUGGGCUCGCCUCAGUACAUUCACCACUCAUAUGGACAAGAGCACCAGAGCCUGGCCCUGGCCACGUAUAAUAACUCCUUGUCCCCUCUCCACGCCAGCCACCAAGAAGCCUCUCGCUCCCCUACAUCAGAGAUAUCUUCUCCAGCGCAGACCUUUGACUGGAUGAAAGUCAAAAGAAACCCUCCCAAAACAGGGAAAGUUGGAGAGUAUGGCUACGUGGGUCAACCCAAUGCAGUGCGCACCAACUUCACCACGAAGCAGCUCACUGAGCUGGAAAAGGAGUUCCACUUCAAUAAGUACCUGACGCGUGCCCGCAGGGUGGAGAUUGCCGCGUCCCUACAGCUCAAUGAGACCCAGGUGAAGAUCUGGUUCCAGAACCGCCGGAUGAAGCAGAAGAAACGAGAGAAGGAGGGUCUCUUGCCCAUCUCUCCUGCCACCCCGCCAGGAAGUGAGGAGAAGGCCGAAGAAUCUUCAGAGAAGUCCAGCUCCUCGCCCUGCAUUCCUUCCCCGGGGUCCUCUACCUCAGACACUCUGACUACCUCUCACUGAGGCCGACCAAGCCCCAGACUCCGCAGCCCAGGCUAUUCCGCAGGCUGGGGACUCCUUAAGCAAAGCACAUUCUUAGCUUAUCUUCCUUUCCAUUUACAGUCUCUCUCUUUCUUUCUGAUCCUAUCUGGGGAGCUCCUGGCCAGGACAGUGUGUUUCCAGAGAGUCCUGGAGUAGAGGCUUGAUUGGGGUGUGUGUGUGUGUGUGUGUGUGUGUGUGUGUGUGUGUGUGCUAACUCCUUGAUGCAGAUUGGGUGCCAUAAUCAAUUUUCUGAUGGCCCCCAACACUCCUCCCUACUUUGGAGAUUUCCACAGUCUGUUCCUUUCAGAUGUCCUUUGGAAUAUAGUCUCCUUUGCCAGCAGAAACAUGUUAGAGGGAGGCCUAUCUUUUACCUAUCUGUAUAUUUACAGUUCUCCCCUACUUUGCCCUUAAAGUAGGAUAGAGAGAGAGGAGAGUCCAGGAGCUCAUGAGGAAGAGAGGCACUAUGAGCUUGUUUACACAAUUAAUUCAUCCCUUAAUUUAAUUCAGUUUCAUGUGUGUGAGUUUGCUGGUUGUAAAUACUUUGUCCCGAGAGAUUUAUCUUUAUACAGAUUUUCUAGAAAUGUUUAGAUUAAGCGACUAAAACAGGGUAGGCAACUCUCAAAGCUGGUACAAUUUUAUAUGUUAUGGGUUAAAGAAUAAAAUCACUCACUUAAACUCAAUCAGAUGCCUCAGAGGGUAGCCUGCAUGUGUUCUUUCAAGUGAGUUAAGAAGGCCUGCGGAAUACGAGGUUCAAAAACCUUGCUUCCUGUGCUGGGUCUCCCCCUAUCACCACCCAUUUAGUGUUUCUCUGGGCACAUUCUUUUUAAAAUUUGUGCUGGAUUAUUCAGAACCUAAAGGUAUUAUUCGAACCAGCUUCUUCCUUCCACAGUUAUCUUAGCUGGAUAUGAUGUAUUUUCAGCUCAAUUGUUAAUGUGAUGGAUGGCACAAUGAAUGUAUAUUUUGUGUGAUUCGUGAAUAGUCUUUUGCAUGUCGCACAAUGUUUUGAUGUCCCUGAAGUACCACACUGAGUUAUAUCAGUUAUUCCUUGUGAGCCUAUGAUAUUCCCCAUUUCCUGUACAAUCAUGAACAGCUCUGAGAUCCUGGAGUGAUGUGAUCUAGAGCAGAGUUUACGGGUCUUAAG